CAGUAUUAUCACUAGCUUAAAUGUAAACAAUAACAAAAACUUUAAAAGAAUAGACAUAAUUAAAGCGGUAGUAUACUUCUGCAAAAUAUGCCAGACAAGUUCAGUUCUAAUUUAUUAUAAUAAAUAUUAUAGUGAUCAUGGAUUUCGACGAUCCGAGGCAGCCGCUAUUGGGCUGUCCUCCUCGUAGUAAGUGGCGCCGCGGGGUCAGUAGGAUGUGUAACGUGGAGUCAUGGAGACGAAGGGUUCCUAUCACCAUUUGGCUGCCUCAGUACAAUCUGGAGAAGUUGCUGCGUGAUGCCAUCGCUGGUAUAACGGUGGGUCUAACGUCAAUACCGCAAGGGAUAGCGUACGCCAUUGUAGCAGGACUUCCGCCACAGGUGGGCCUGUACUCCAGUAUAUUCCCUGGCGUCAUGUACGCUGUAUUCGGCAGCUGUAAGCAGGUGACUGUUGGCCCGACGGCCAUAUUGGCAGCGUUAUUGACCAAGUACGUAGCACAAUCAGAAGAUUUUGCGUACUUGGCAUCCUUUUUGACUGGCUGUGUUAUAUUACUACUUGGUGUUUUGCAAUUAGGUUUCCUUUUAGAUUUCAUAUCAAAGCCAGUUAUAAGCGGGUUCACUGCGGCCGCCGCCUUGCAGAUAUCAGCUUCACAAUUAAAAUCAUUGUUCAACACGACCGGUAGUUCUGGUGGGACGUUUAUAAAGGCUGUUAUAAAUUUCUUCUCAAAUAUAAAAUCUGUUCAGCUGUGGGACACCUUACUAGGCGUCCUCACCAUCGUAUCUCUGUUUCUUCUUAAAUGCUGCUCCCCCUCCUCCCCCCUCUCGUAUUGUGCCACGUGUCGCGUGCACUCGGUCCGCGCUCGUAACGCCGUAGUCGUGUUCGCGGCUACGGCCGUGGCGUACUUGUUCUACAUCUACGGCAUGACGCCGUUCAAACUAACCGGUAAAAUAGAGGGUGGUUUGCCUAAAUUCAGUCUACCUCCAUUCCAGACUGUAGUAAAUAAUAAUACUAUUGGUUUUGAUAAAAUGUUGGAUGUCUUAGGCCCGGAAGGUCUCGUGAUGCCGCUAGUAGCUAUACUGGAGAGUAUCGCUAUUGCUAAAGCCUUCGCCGGCACAGCAUCAGUGGACGUCACGCAGGAGAUGGUAGCUGUGGGUAUGUGUAACAUAGUGUCGUCGUUCGCGCAGAGCAUGCCGGCCACGGGCUCCUUCACACGGACCGCCCUCAACCACGCCAGCGGGGUCAUGACGCCAGCCGGCUCCCUGUUUAAAGCGGCGUUAGUGUUACUGUCAGUGACGUACUUGUCCGAGGCGUUCCGCUUCAUCCCUCGCUCGACCCUGGCCGGCAUCAUCAUGGUGGCGAUGGUGUCCAUCGUCGACUUCUCUAUUCUACCGCCACUAUGGAGACACAGCAAGUCGGAACUGUUCGUGUGGUUUCUGACCGUCGUGGUGGGUGUGACAGCCGGUCUGGAGUACGGGAUAGCGGCGGGCGCGGCGGGUGACGCUCUAAGAGUGCUGUACUCCGCCUCCCGACCGCGGCUGGUAACUAAACAGUUCAAGGUGUGUGGUGUCCAGGUAGGCGCGGUGGAUGUGGCGCUGGUGUCUCUACCGGAAGUUGUUUGUUACGCGAGUGUGGAGCACGUGGGGAGAGUACUGAGGACCGUCCGCGGACACGUUGUUGUAUUGGACGGAAGGACCAACAUACACGCGGAUAUAGGAGUUAUAGAGACCGUGAACUCUGUGAUCUCUGACGCCGAGGGUGGAAAGCGUCGUUUUCUUCUGUGGUGUGUUGAGGAAGGUCACGGCUUCGACGGAAUCAACGCGACCCUCGUCACCGGAGAUGACCUCCAACGAAUAGUCACAGAGCACUGUGUUGAUAACAGAAGAGUAUCUUCACUAAGCGGUGUGAGCUGACCAUGAAUUUUCCUUUGACUUAUAUCAGCUUGUCGGCCAUAUAUAUAUAUUUAUAUAUACAUUAUAGGUUAUUUUUAUAUACGUAUGUUGAAAAUGACAUAUAUUUUAUACGACAUAUCAUUUAAUUAAAAUAAAUGUAAGGAAUGUUAUGACAUUGUGCAAUAAAAAGUACAGAUCAA